AUGGACAGAAAGUACGGGGAUCUGGGAGAUCCCGGCCGAGCACCGGAGGUCGCGCCAUCGUAUUCGCCCAUCCCUGUGUUUCGAGAGUCAGAGGGGCUACAACCUGUAACCGACCACGCCGGCGGCAAGGAAGUCGCUUACUACGACACGAACAACACAGACGUCAGUCCAUCGUUCAGCGGAGCGCGAAGACCUUGGUACAGGCGGAAAAGAUGGAUACUGGGCAUCUUGAUCGGUGUGGUGGUGGUGAUUGCUGUUGCGGUCGGGGCUGGUGUUGCAGGCGGUAACGACGACGAAGGCGGUAGCCAGACCCAAAAGCAGAGUCCGAAAGAAGCACAGGAUACCUCUUCGCCCACACCCACCACCACAGUUGGACCCUCGUCCUCCACCGCCUCUGCAGCUGUAGCACCUGCAACAAGUGGCCUAGCAAGCUACUCUUGUUCGAACGGCACCUACAUGUACUCGGCCCAACUCGCGGGCUUAGCCUAUAUCCAAGACUGCAACACUGUGUACUACUACAACAACGAGGAUAUAUACGCGGGCGGUCUCACCGAGGGUCUGUACACCUCGACCAAGUACUCCUUCGAAGCCUGCGUGGACUCCUGCGAUGACUGGAAUAACGAGAACUCGGAUGCGGAGAAACCAUGCAUGGCGCUCUCAUACUACGCAAACUUGACGAACGUCUUCACGCAGCACGAGGAAUGGCAGGGUAACUGUAUCCUCAAGUCUGGGGUUGGAGGGGUGACGUCGGACGACACAAUAACGACAGAGAUGGACUGGGUUCAUACAGCGAGGUUCGUCUGA